AGAACCCGAAGAAAUGGGCCCGAGGACCCCAACGAUCAAAGAAGGUAAGACAAUUGAGCGUCCUGUUAAAUCCGUCGCCGUGGUUGGUGCCGGUGUGAGUGGGCUUGCUGCAGCAUUCAGGUUGAAAUCACAUGGUUUGGAUGUCAAGGUAUUUGAAGCUCAAGAAAGUGCUGGCGGAAAACUGAGAAGUGUUUCUCAGAAUGGGUUAAUAUGGGAUGAAGGUGCCAACACGAUGACAGAAAGUGAGAUGGAGGUCAGAAGAUUGCUCGAUGAUGUGGGGCUUCGAUUAAAGCAACAGUUUCCAAUUUCACAGAACAAGCGGUACAUUGUAAGAAAUGGAAGACCGGAACUUAUUCCAGCAGAUCCCAUUUCAUUGAUCAAGACCAAUUUUCUUUCUUCACAGUCAAAGCUUCAGAUAAUUUUGGAGCCAUUUUUAUGGAAAGAUUCUUCAAAGAAGACUAACUUCUCCAAGGUCUCUGAUGAAAAUUUACAUGAAAGUGUGGGAGAGUUCUUUCAGCGCCAUUUUGGGCAGGAGGUUGUUGAUUAUCUCAUCGACCCUUUUGUUGCGGGGUCAAGUGCUGGAGAUCCUGAGUCGCUAUCUAUACGCCAUGCAUUUCCAGAGCUAUGGAAUUUGGAAAGGAAAUAUGGCUCAAUAAUAGUUGGGGCAAUUCGGUCUAAAUUUUCUGGUAGAAGGGAAGAAAAUGGGGCAAGGAGAAAUUCUUCAGGGAAAAGGAAGGGUCAGCGUGGCUCAUUUUCAUUUCAGGGAGGGAUGCAGACACUCACUGACACCUUAUGCAAUGUGCUUGGUGAAGAUAGCCUGAAACUGAAGUCAAAAGUACUGUCACUGUCUUACAACCAUGAUGUGAACUCCGCCUCCAACAACUGGUCAAUUUCUUAUGCUACAAAACAUAGUCAGACCUCACAACAUCAGUCUUUCGAUGCAGUCAUUGUCACAGCUCCCCUAUGUGACGUUAAAGAAAUGGAGAUUACAAGAAUAGGAAAUCCAUUUCUGCUUGAUUUUUUCCCAGUGGUAAAUUAUUUGCCACUAUCGGUUGUAAUUACAACAUUUAAGAAGGAGAAAGUCCAGAAACCCCUAGAGGGGUUUGGAGUUCUUGUUCCAUCCAAAGAGCAACAGAAUGGUCUGAAAACCCUUGGUACACUCUUUUCCUCCAUGAUGUUUCCAGAUCGUGCCCCCAGUGAUCUCUAUCUCUACACUACCUUUGUUGGAGGAAGUCGGAAUAGAGAUCUGGCAAAAGCUUCUUUGGAUGAGUUGAAGCAUGUGGUUACUUCAGACCUUAGAAAACUUCUGGGCGCAGAGGGAGAGCCAACUUUUGUAAAUUGUUUCAUUGGAGUAGGGCCUUUACCUUGUAUGGACAUAGCUACGAUUCAGUUCUCAAAGCAAUAGACAAGAUGGAAGAAAGUCUUCUGGGAUUCUUCUAUGCGGGUAACUGAAAGAGCUGUUUCCCCAAAUGUCUAAUGUUCAUUUUACAUGUUCUGUAUGAGGAAAAUGAACUAUUGUUGGUAUUUUUUAUUUCAUAGUUUCUAAUAGUAUGCAGUUUCAACCUGAUAGGUAACCAUUGGGAUGGAUUAUCUUUGGGGAAAUCAAUAGCUUCUGGAUGCAAGGCUGCUGACAUUGUAAUCUCAGAUCUCAACUCUUUUGAUGGUAGUAGACCUAGUGUGAAAGCUCAUAAAUGAAAUAAGAUAUGUAUUCCUAUUAUCUGGUUUGAUUGUACAUCAUACUUCUUUCAUUUGGUUGUUUUGAAUUAUUUAAGAGUGUUAUGUUAUGUACUGAAUGUAGAAACUAAAUCAUUUAGAUUC